AUGUCGACUCCGAAAAUGAAAGAUCCUAGAUCCAGUGCCCCCAGCAUCUACAGCCGGAAUACCAAUUCAAUUAAGAUACUACCCAUAAACCCCCCGCCGCUCAACCUUCCUGGCGCCGCCGCAAGGCCUGAGAUUACUGCACUGGAUCAUCACCUCGCCAAAUGCCGUGGAUCCACGAUGGCCUUGGAGACUACUCACUCACGCUUACAACGCUGGAAAAAUGGCCCCUCACAAACUCUAUCGCAGUUAAAAGAUGAAAAGCUGCGCCAACACAACCAACAAGAACGUGAGAACGACUUCUAUAGGAAGUCAUUCCAGAUUUUUCACCAACUUGCCGAUACGGUAAUGGACACCAUCCAAACCCUGGCGUUGGAGUAUCAUUUCAAUCCCGCCGCUGUCCCUGCCAAAGAUCCGCGCUUGAUCCGAGCCGUCAUUCUCUUGCAGAUCGCGCUUGACAAAUCUCGUACGGAUGAGUCUGAGGCAAUCAAACAAUGGAAAGAACAAUGCGGAAUACAGACGAAUGACGAUUCACCAACUGAAUGGCUAUGA